AUGUUCCUCCCCGCCGUCCACGCCGAACCCGACACGGAGGCUCUCCUCCAAUUCAUCAAAGAGAACCCUCUCGGCAUGCUCAUUACCGGCAUCGACUCCACCGCACAAGACUUCCUCCAAUGCACCCACGUCCCAUUCGUACUGGACCUGCCCAGCGCAGAAUCCCCCGCGCAACUCCGCGCCCACAUCGCAAAACAGAAUCCCCAGGUUAAGACCAUGAUCGAGAAGACCGAGAACGGCAAGCCAUCGGGGGUGUUCCCUCUUGAGCAGGACGUCCUGGUUGUCUUCAACGGACGACACGAUCACUACGUCACGCCGAAAUAUUAUACCGAGACGAAGCCGGAUACGGGGAAGGUCGUUCCGACGUGGAAUUACUCUGCUGUGCAGAUCUAUGGGAAAUUGUCGAUGCAUUAUGAUUCUAAGGAUCCGGAGGCGGGAGCGUUCCUGGCGAAGCAGAUGCAUGAUCUAUCGGAGCAAUGUGAACGAGGUAUUAUGGGUUACACGGGGGGAGAGAGACCGCAGCCGUGGAAGGUGGCUGAUGCUCCCAAGCGGUUUAUUGAAUUGAUGCAGAGGAAUAUUGUGGGUAUUCAGAUUGAGAUUCGGAAGAUUGAGGGCAAGUUUAAGAUGAGUCAGGAGAUGAGGGUUGGGGAUCAGGAUGGAGUGGUUAGAGGGUUUGAGCGGUUGGGUGGGGAGACGGGAACGGCCAUCUCGGCUUUGGUUAAGGAAAGAGGAGAGCUGCAUGAUGAGAAGAAGGCGUUGAAGAAUGCCCAGAAAUAA